CAACCCCCCACAAUGCACCGCGGGGCGGACUUGAACUGUGCGGUUGAAUUGUACAGCCAAGUAAGAAUUGCUGGAGGGGCCCCAGACGUGUCAGGAAUGUACAGUAAACAACCAUUAAAAUGUGAUCAGGAAGACACACAGCAAAAUGAAGAAUCAUGAAAACAAGCAAAGAAAGCAACCUUUGAUACCAGACAAGAAAAGGCAAGGACCAUCGAGGAGCUGAACAAAGAUCUUCAACUGUCAGCAAGAGCACAGAGUGAGGACAGCUCCAGAAAAGACUUCAUCUGGUUUGCACAAUCAGAUUAUCUUGCUUGCCUGGCUCUGAUGCCAUUUUCCUCUGGAACAGAAUGUGGAGUCACAGGCUGGCACGACUCUUUUCAGAGGCUAGGAGACUCGGAACAAAGGCCGCCAAAGGACAGAAUUAUAGAUCAGCCAGGUUCUGCAGAUCGACAGGGGUAAGAAAUCGCUGGCUCAGCACAGCUCCAGCAACACAAGAGUGCUCCUGGGUCCUACACCAAGAUCACUUUGAACUGCUUUACUCUGGAAUAUGUAUGCGUUUUGACUACGUGUGGCUGCGAGAUCACUGCCGCUCGGCUUCUUGUUUCAACUCCAAGACCAACCAGCGCAGUUUGGACACAGCCAGCGUAGAACUGCACAUCAGACCUGCACAGGUCCGAAUAGAUGAAACCACCAUAUAUCUAACAUGGCCAGAUGGGCACAUGACCAAAUAUGGAUUAGAAUGGUUAUCACAGAAUAGCUAUGAAGGACAAAAACAGCAACUUGUUCAGCCUCGAAUUUUAUGGAGUGCAAACACUUACAAGGAAGCAAAUGUGCCAUCUAUCAGCUACUCCGAAUUCCUUGAAACAAAUGAAGGACUUCAAGAAUUUCUGAAGAACUUUUUACUGUACGGCAUCGCCUUUGUCGAUGAUGUUCCAGCAACCCGGGAGGAUACAGAGAGGACUGCACAGAGAAUUAGUCAUAUCCGGGAAACAAUCUAUGGUAAAAUGUGGGACCUCACAUCUGACUUCUCCCGGGGAGACACAGCCUACACAAAAUUGGCUCUUGAUCGGCACACAGAUACCACCUACUUCCAGGAACCUUGUGGCAUGCAGCUUUUCCAUUGUCUGCGGCAUGAAGGCACAGGAGGGCGCACCCUGUUGGUAGAUGGCUUUAACGCUGCUGAACAAGUUCGUCAGCGUCACCUUAAAGACUUUGACCUCCUCAGUACUGUACCGCUGAAACAUGAAUACAUUGAAAAUGUUGGCUCGAGUCACAACCACAUGGUGGGGAUUGGACCAGUACUGAAUGUUUAUCCGUGGAAUAAAGAGCUGUAUAUGAUUAGAUACAACAACUAUGAUCGUGCUGUCAUCAACACAGUGCCCCAUGAUUUAGUGCACCAAUGGUAUUCUGCACACCGAAUCCUAACCAAUGAGCUGAGGAGGCCUGAAAAUGAGCUGUGGGUGAAACUGAAACCCGGCAAGGUGCUUUUUGUUGAUAACUGGAGGGUCUUACAUGGACGGGAGUCUUUCACAGGCUACAGGCAACUUUGUGGCUGUUAUCUCACUAGGGAUGAUGUGCUAAACAUUGCUCGCUUACUAGGCCUGAAAGCAUGAGAGCCCUAAAGUGCAAGCAGGAACUUCAAGACCAAUGAAAAGACUAAGCCAUAUAACCAAACCACCAUACUCAGUAGAUCCAUCUAUUUUGCCUCCGACCAAUGGACCACCAAGCUUCUGGAACAUCACUUCUCUUUAGCAGAACAAUCAAUCAAUUUUAGCAGAAUGCUAACCAUUCUUUGGUACUUCACCAACAUGAGCAUAAUUUAUUUGAUUGACAAGAUCAAUAUUUUAAUUUGUGUUUUAUGUUAUUAUUUUAUAGUGUAGACUUGGCAGCAUUUGUUAAUUAGACUCGUGUUAUUUAAAAUUGAGUUGCUGAAUAAUAAAAAUCCGAGGCAAGUAAAAGUUUAGAUGGUACAUACAGCAAAGCAGAAUAAACAAGUAAAUGG